AUGACUAGGAGGUCCAACAAGGACAACCUAGUUGAACAUCCAGAGAUAGACAAGCUUGAGAAGCAACUUAGGAAGCAAAAAGCCCAAGAGAUGGCCGACGAAGCAGCUCGCGCUCACGCCGCUGAAGUGGCGCGCGCUCAAGAAGAAGGAAGAGAUCCACCUCCUCCUCCUCCUAAUCCACAAGACCCUGCUGGAGAUGUGAAUGUGCAACCCCAAGCUGGAGCACCUACAAUCGGAGACUAUGACUCUGCCGAUGCUUUCUUCAUGGAUAGAAACCCUAUCCAUCCACCACUUCCUGCAAGGAAUGACUAUGAGAUCAAGCCUCAGAUCAUAGCAUUGGUUAGACAGAACCAAUUCAAUGGACUUCCAGCUGAGCACCCUCUUGAUCACAUAGAAAACUUUGAAGAAAUUUGCAGCACUACAAGAUCCAAUGGAGUCUCUGCUGACUACCUUAAGUGCAAGCUCUUUUCAUUCUCUCUUGGCGACAAAGCUUCAAGAUGGUUGAAGUCUCUGCCAGCUCACUCCAUCACCACUUGGGAUGAGUACAAGAUCAUCAACUUUCGCCAAGCCACGAAUGAAUCUUUCUAUGAGGCGCUAGACCGAUUCAAGGAGUACAUUAGGGACUGCCCUAAUCAUGGUUUCAAUGAGGAAACCUAUGGAACAUCUUCUAUCGUGGCAUAG